GCGCUUUCCACCCAAUCCAUUCCAGUGAAUCAUGGACACUGCAAUGCCGCCGCAGCCGCAAUCGUCGACGAGUCCGCCUCCAGGACCGGUAUCGACGAGUGAAGAUGCCCUUGCAGGCAUGCAUGCUCUCGUGCAGACAGCUUUGGACUACAAGCUCAAGGGCAACCCCGUGACGUACAACGUGCUCGUGUCCAAGUUGGAGAACACCAGCGAGGACGAAGAACGCCGACAAUUGUACCUUGUCCUGCCACGAUGCAUCUCCACGUUGACGAAGGACUUGGACGCGUACCACGAGCUCGUGCAUCGCAUCUACACAUUCGACUUCCUCACCACGAUGCCCAUCAUCGAUGCGUACAUUCGCUUGAUCACACACUUGGUCACGGCGCACACAUCGUUCCUCCAACCAACGAUCCACAUGCUCGUGCGCAACCUGCUCCGCGUGCCCCGCCCCGCGCCCUUGUCCGUGUCUCCAUUGGCGGUGCAAAUCAAGUCCACCCUCACUCGUCGUGUGAGCAUCGGCAUUCCCACCGUGAACUCUGGUCCGUCAGAAGCCGAGCUGGCCGCACAGUUCGAAGCGUCGCUGCAACAGCGCUUCGCGUCGGUCCACGCAGCGUUCGAGAAGGUUCUGCAUCUCGUCCCAGCGUCCAUCCAUCACGUGUUCCAGUGUCUGUGCGAGUACUACCCGCACAAGCGCCUCGAAACUCCUAUCCAGCUGUCGUACCUGACCAAUUUGUUUCAAUUGACCACGUAUGCCAAGGGAUUGCAAGAGCGCGUUCUGGGUCUCGUGGUGGAGAAGCUAGUGGCGAUCGACGUGGAAAUCAAGCUGGAAGCGACCGAGGAAGACGUGUUCACGAUGGACGACUUCUUGGACGAUGCGACGUGCGUGGACCCAGAAAACCUCAAGGGCGUCGACGAGAUGGCCGACAAGCUGGACCAUCUCAUGCUCGCCACGUUCACGUACUUGGAGGCGGCGGCGUCCGACCACCCGCGGCUCUUUGCGUUUCUGCUCAAAUCGUUCGACCAGAGCAUCCUCAACACCCACCGUUCCAAGUACCCACAGUUCCUCCUCUUUUACAUCUGCAAGAGUCCGUCCGAGCACCAGGAGCUGCUUCUUUCGCAGCUCAUUUCCGUCGCGCUCGAUGCCAAGGUCCCACCCGUGACCCGGCUCAGUUGCUCGUCGUACCUGGCGUCAUACGUGGCCCGCGCCAAGUACCUCGGCCUCAACGCCAUCAAGCACACGCUAUUCCACAUCAUGCGGUACAUCCAUGGACAAGUGGACGUCCUCGACGAAGCCGCGGCGGCGAUAAUCCCGCCCUCUUCCAUCGUCGACAAGUGCCUCGUGGAUCUCGUGCAGUCUGCAUGUUACAUUGUGUGCUUUCGAGGGCUCGAGCUGUGUGGAUCAGAAGCUGGCUACACGUUUGUGCGGUCGCUUGGGUGGACGCGGGUACUGACGUCGCGGCUCCACCCGAUGCGGCAUGCCGCGUUCCAUGGCGCCGUCGCGGCCGAGUUUAUGAACGUCGCCGAGUUGUUGGGGUUGGUGUCAGAUGAGGCGAUCGAAGGGUUGUGGGAAGGCAUGAAGCAGGCGCCGUCGGCUAAAACCCUCGAGCGAAGCAGCAGCGCCGCGACUGCCUCCAUGUGCUUUUUCCCGUUUGAUCCAUAUUUAUUGAGAAGGUCGUUUCGGUUCAUCGGGCCCUUGUAUUUGUACUGGAAACAUGCGGACCCGACGUUCUCGGGCAACUCGGAUGCGUUUGCGAUGGCCCAAACCCACAUGAAGGCGUUCGAAGCCCGCGAACAUGGGAGCAGCAGCAGCGACGACGACGACGACGUGGAUGACAAUGCCAGCAUGAGCAGCAGCAGCUACGUGAGUAUGGGCGGCAACGCAAGCAGCUUUGUCCGAAGCAGUUUGAGCGAGAUGAGCGUCGUGGGCAGUUUUACAGGCAGCGAAGACUUUGAGUUUGGAGGUCGACACAACCCAGCGGUGGUGGUGGUGGCCGAUCCCAUUGAAGGGUGUGACGGCGCGGCGGCGUCGCGGGGGUUCAAGACCACGUCCCUGUACUACCACGAUGAAGAAGAGAUUGGCUUUUAACACAAGAUAGAGAAAAACGAGAUUAUAUAAGUCGUCAUGAUGG